UAUCAAGGUCUUCUCCACUACAACGCUCUUUACUAGUAUUUACUUUUGGCUCAGUACGAUCUCAAACAUGGCUCAGCAGGAAUACAAAAUGCUUGGAGAAAAAAUGUUCACCUACAAAGGAACUGUCAUAGCUGUGGAAAAAGUUCAUGACCUCUCUCUAGAAUAUAUUGACAGUUUAGAAGAUUUUGAAACAAAGGAUGAUGAUGUCUUUGUUGUAACCUUCCCUAAAUCUGGUACGGUAUGGACCCAACGGAUCAUGACAUUAAUAUACGCAAAAGAUUUCCCGGACAAAACCAACGAAAUCACAUACGAGCAGAUGCCAUGGCUGGAGUAUCGGAUAAAAGAGAGAGAUUACAACACACGACCAUCUCCAAGACUCUUCUGCUCCCAUUUACUCCAGCCGCUGAUGCCCAAAAUGCUGCAGAGAAAAGGAAAAGUCAUCUAUGUCAUGAGAAACCCUAAAGACAUCAUGGUGUCAUAUUUCCAUUUUUCCAGCCAUAUGAAAAACCUGUAUUCUUCUGAGAGCUUUGAAGAGAUGAUGGAAAAAUUCUUCACAGGAUUCAUGAUCGGUGGCUGUUGGUUUAAUCAUGUUAAAGGAUGGAUCACAAAUAAAGAAAAAUACAACAACAUCCUGAUCCUUACUUAUGAAGAAAUGAUCAAGGACCUCAGAUCAGUCAUUGUGAAAAUCUGUGAGUUUGUGGGAAAGAAUCUGUCGGACGCAGAGAUUGAUAAAGUGGUGGAAGCAACCACAUUCAAGAACAUGAAAAAUGACCCCGUGGCCAACUAUGAAUCCAUUGCUCAGACGACCUCAGAACGUCCAAAACAGGCUUUUUUGCGCAAAGGAACAGUUGGGGACUGGAAAAACUCUUUAACUGUGGCUCAAAGUGAAUGUUUUGACCGCGUCUACCAAGAAAGAAUGAAGGACGUACCUUUUAACAUGGUCUGGGACAUCUCAGAAUUUACUGGCUGAAAAACCCUAAGAUGUGGUAUCCAUUUUCCAAACUAAUAAAGAUAAAACAUUAUCAGGAUAAUAAAAGGAAAGUAUUAACGGAUGUGCUGGCUACAUGACCAUGUCAAAACAGAUAACAGAGAUUGAUGAGGUUAAAAUGAGAUUUUGUGGUGUGAAAAUACAUUUUAAAAAUGCAAAUAUUAUGAUUUUUUUUCUUAUAGAUUUUCUUAAGGUUCACUUCAAUGGAAAUAUAGUGUGAAAAUAUUUACAAAGAAAAACCUUUACUCUUUGUACAUCUUUUUAUGAAAUUAAAUCUUCAUAAAUAAUUUAUGAAAUAAACAGUGACUUUUCACUUUCAAAGCAAAUCUUUUUCAAUGUUCAUGAGAAUGAGAAAGAGAUAGAGUUAAAACAACUGUUAAUUAAAAUUGCAAUAGGUAAAAGUCAAAUUUCUUAUCCUAAAAGUCCUGAUAGACUCUAUAAAUGUAGUAGGUGUAGGGUUUGUUAUGUCACAUUGUUGAUCAUGGUAAUCUUGUAUCGUCAGGUCUUGAGAGUUUACUAAUCCUGGUCCUUUUGUAUGAUCGGCUCUCAAAUAAUCGGAUUAGGUGACCCAUAUGUGGGAAAAGAGGCACGAAAACAGAGAGUGGUUGUUCUUUCACACCUGGCCCUUUGUUUCAGAACCUGGCGCGUUCCCCCCUUAGCUCGGUUUGUUUGGGCAUAUGUGAACACGGCACACGGAACCUUUUUUUCUCAUUUUAAAAAUGUUUUUACGUUUAAUCCUGGACUCCUGCCCAAAAUGCUAAAUUAAUAUAAUGCUACAGCUACAAAAAGAAAGAAAGAAAAAAAGAAAAAAGUUGUUAUUCCAUCUUGAUGAGUGACAGCUAAGAAAACCCCUUAGCCAUCACAUGGUACUUUGCCAGCAUUUCCCUCAACAAUUUUAAAUCACCUAUUGUGUUUUUGUUUUGUUUUUCAAUCUUGCAAGCACUUUAAAUUAAAAAAAUUAUAAUUAGCAUUAUUAUCUAUUGUAAAGUCAUUUAACAGAUAAAUAAUCAUGUCUUUUUUAAAGCCAGCAACCCUUUAAAAAUUAAUGAUGGAUUUAUUAUACAGCCAAUGACAAUAAUGAUCAUUAUUAAAUCCACAAAUUAGCCAUGGUUUGCUACGCUGACGAUAGUUUAACUGUGGACUUUGUAGUUAAAAAUAAUAAUGACAAAGGUCAUCCGUUUGGGAGGAAAAACAACAUUGUUAGCUUACUUUUAAAGGAAAAAAUAUUAUAAAUAAUAAUAAAUGCAAAUUUUAUAUCAAUGCAAAAUAAAGACAAUGUAAAGAAGUGAAGGUGCAGUUUUGCAAAGAACGUUUAGUUAUUUUACACGUCUCCAGCCUAAGUAUUUGAACCUUUUUUAUGUGAUGACCAUACCAAAAAAUAGGGUCGCCCAUGUUUCUGAAUUUGUUUUGGUUGUAUGGGAUGGCCUGGAUGAGAAAUUUUGUCCCUAUUUUAAAACUUAUUUCUAAGAUGCUUCAGUUGCCCAAAAUGACCGGUAGCUGUCACCGAGUCCAUGACAUAAGCCAAGUACAAAGUCAAACAGUGAAUUCAAACUUGGGUCGAUCACAGUCUUCAGCAACUGCAUUAUCAUCUAAGGCACCGAAAUUCUAUUCUAGUCACACGUUGGUGGUUGGAGUUAUUGUAAAUAGUUAUUUUACAUUUAAAAAGUCUAAUCAUUAAAUUAUGUAAAUCAUAUUUUCUGUAUGUGUGUGUGUGUUCUAAUGAAGGUAGCGUAUCGAUAUCUUUGCUUCAAACUUAUUUGCUUUCUACGUGUUGUAAUUAUGGGGUUAACCUGGGACAAAGCCCUAGAGUAAACUGUUUUUAAACUGC